AUGGUGCACACCCAGCAGCCAUUGGACGCGCCGGUCGACUACCCAGUCACCGACAAGCGCGAUCAAACAGGUCUUCUUACGCGCUUUGUGCCGGACAAGCUCAAGAACACAUCCUUCUACCGUUGGUUCUUACGUUUCACACGCCUCCUACAAUUCAUCAGCUCCGUGGUCUCGCUUGGCAUCUUUUCCCAGCGCUUAUAUAAGGUGUACCGCCUUGUCAACAGCGUCAAGACAUACCGCGGCGUCAACGGUAGCUAUGGUGCAGUCGAGGGCAUCCUCGCCGCCGCCGUUCUGUAUACCUUGAUCACGAUCCUACUUUCUUGCAUCAAGAAGUCAGCGAACCCUGGCGGUCGAGCACUCCGAUGGAUCUGGGUACUUCUCGACCUUGCAUUUGUCGGAGGAUUCAUCGCUGUUGCUGUGCUCACGCGUCCGAACGGAGGUCUUGCUGGUGCCCGUCACUGCUACAGCCCGGAGCGCAUUGCUAACGGCAAUACCGGUGGGGUUGUCACUGGCGAGACUGCGAGCCGUGAUGACAGCUGUAAUCUGCCGUGGGGCACCUUUAUUUUGGCCAUCGUUUCCACGCUUCUCCAUGCCAUCACCGCCUCCUUCCACGAGAUUAGGGACCAUCGCCGAAAGAACAGGCUCGAACACGAGAAGGCCGUUCAGCCACACACCGAGGCUCCAGCAGAUGGCGUCCGCUACUAA